AUGAGAUCGCGAUACGCGGGCGCGACCGAGACUUUCGCCGACUCCGCGUAUCGGGAAAAGGAGCAGGCGUUUCUCGAUGCGAACGACAUCACAAAAGGACGUUAUUUCAACGAAGCCACGCUCCCAGCACUACGCAGCUAUGCGGUUCCCCCAGUGCGAGAGACGAAAGUAGCUUCCUUACCUGUACCCGCAACAACCCCAGCGAGCCCCAAUGUUGCUCCGGCUCCGGCGCUGCCGCAAGCAGAGGCUCGCGCGUCCGAGGUGGCUUCACAAGGAGCUUUGGAUGCUGAGACGCAGAGAGUCACAGCGCCGCAUCCAGUAGAGAAACACCCAUCUUACUCUGGCCCUCAACCAUCCGAUAGCAGAGCCGCACCUCAACUAGCUCCUGGGACAACUGAAAUAUCGCAGAAGGCUGAUGGACCAGCUCCAGAAGUAAGACAUGCUGCUCAGAACCUGCAACAAGGACAGAAGGCAACCUCCUCUUUGCCAGAUACUCCUCGCAGCUCCCAGGACCCUAGCGAUGCUACAGUUCGGGCCGAUCAAAAAGACGCAACAAAAGCGAUUCCAUCCGCUCAGCCAGCCAUAUCAACACCGAAACCCCAACAUGAUCUUCCCGCAUCUCCCCUUCCAGGUCGCCCUGUGCAUGUUACCGACCAGCCCCUAUCCCCCGUCUCAUCUGCUGGGCCGUAUUCGAAUAACACCCCCGCUCCAACUGCUGCAUCCCCGGCCACAAGCACUACUGAAGACGUCUCAGCUGAGAAACUUCCAACACCUAAACGAAUAGCAGCUACUCAAGAACGAUCAAGCUUUGUUCCGACAACACCAGAUGAACAGCUUCGCUUCGAAGAGGCGCAGUCUCUCCAACAAAAUGCUCUCCUGGUCAGUCAGGUCAAAGACGGUGCUGGCACCGGGCCCUUGACAAAUCAGGUUAUUUCCGAGGACCUCCCGUCGACUUCAACCACAGCAAACGUGGCAGAAGGUGCUUCAGAACAAGUGUCCAAAGAUUUGCUACCGGAAUCCAAAAUGCCGGAAUCAACCCCUGCUGCUAUAGUAGAGUCCAAAUCUCAACCACAGUCACCACUGGGUCAAGCGUCAAGUCAGGCUGAGACCGUCGUCAAGGAUGUAGCGCCAGGUACGCAACUUACAAAGAAAACAAGUUCAUCCCCUCAUCCGGGACCGCCACCAGAGAGAAUGACAACUAGAGUAUCGUCCGGGGCGAUUCGGCACAAGUCUGUAUCCGAGAUUUUAGGCGAAGCACCAAAGACACCUGUUUCGCCUAUUGAAAAGCCGCACACGGUUGAGAAGCCUACUGAUUCGGCCCGGGCUGGCGUUUAUGAUUCCACGGACUCUGCAAAACUACGCCUUAAGGACAGAAGAGCACGCGAGAAGGAAAGAAACAAAUUCUCUACUGUUGUCUUUCCGAAACAGCAGCAACAACCGGAUAAGGAUGGCGACAUGGAUCUUGUCCGCCAACAAUCUGGCGCUUUGAUCAAGUUAAAUGAAGAGCGGGAUUAUCUCUUCACGUUAUUUCAAAACAAGGCUUAUGCUCCACCCCGUGGUACUGCCUUGACGGCUCUUCUUUCUUCUGCGCAUAAGACUUUAACCACGAAUAACUAUCUUCUUGAUUAUCAGGAACAGAUGGAUUGCCGUAUACUUCGCCGCAUCUAUGAUCUUCAGCAUGCUAACAGAUGGCCACUGCGCCAAUUGAAGCGCUCUGCGGAACCACCGAGGCAGGCAGCUCACUGGGAUGUUCUGUUAGACCAUAUGAAAUGGAUGCGGACAGAUUUCCGGGAAGAACGCAAGUGGAAGCUUGCUGCGGCAAAGAGUUGUGCAGAUUGGUGUGCAGAGUAUAUUCACAGUGACCCCGAAUCUCGGUCGAUGUUGCGUGUUCAAGCUAGAAUUCCACCAAAAGAUUCUCCGUGCAAGAAUGGACCGCAAUCUGCCACAAUGGUUUCCCCCCCAGCGGAAUUGGGCAACGACGCUAUGGAGAUUUCACACCCUACGCCAGACUUGGUGCCUUCAAGUGAGGAGGAUUCGGUCAGUGAAGGGUUUCCUGAUGAGCCACGACAUGGUUUACAGGACACAGUCGCUCCGGCUGCUAUUUUUUCCCUGGGUUCUGAUGAAUUUACAUUCUCGCUGGACAUGACCCCAACGGCGCAGAAGCUUCUGGACGAGUUACCCAUCUACACACCUGUUCAAAUUGCCCCAGAUACGAAUCUUCCAAGGUUCAAAGACCUCCCAGAUGCGUCGUGGAAGACUGAAAUUCUUCCCGUUUCUAAAUACGCUCGCGGAAAGAUAAUGUUCCGCGAGGAUGAGCCGGCAAGGAAACGUAGUCGCUAUGACUAUUCGCAAUACAGUUCCGGCUCUGAGCAUCCCGUUGUAGAACUACCUCCUGAGCAAACCAACGUCGCCCUAUUUCAACCCGAAAACAGGCAUAUCCGCGAUCGCAUUCACCCAGCUCAACCUUUCAGACCUCCUACCGAAUAUCCUAUGCCUUCCCUUGGUUUCCUGGAAUCGAGACAAUCUUCUCAAUGGACUUAUGCUGAAGACGAGGAACUUCGCAGUCUUGUUGAAGAGUAUUCCUAUAACUGGUCACUGAUAUCUAGUUGUCUUACUCCGUCGUCCCAGUUUACAUCGGGCGCAGAGAGACGAACACCAUGGGAGUGUUUCGAGCGGUGGGCAGGAAUAGAAGGGUUGCCUUCUGACAUGUCUAAGACGGCGUACUUCAGGGCCUACCAUCAGAGAAUUGAUACAGCUCAGCGUAAUGUUAUGGCGCAGCAAGCUGCAGCCCAACAGCAACAGCAGCAACAACAACAACAGGGCAGUAACGGUAACAAUCAACAACCGAUGCCUUUGAUUCGCAGGAGAGGUACUCAACCUAUUCGGGUGGAUCGAAGAAGGUCUUCCAAGCACCUAGCGCUUCUCGAUGCUAUGAGGAAAUUGGCUAAAAAACGGGAGACAAUUCUGCAAAAGCAGCAACAUGCUUCGCAGCUUGCUUCGUUAAGAAAGGUUAAUGAAGCCAAUCAACCGAAGCCUCCAAUUUCAUCUCCCGCUGAAUUCAGCCGUCUAAAGCAUGAACGUGAACUCAAACUUCAAGAGAGGCAGGAGCAAUACCGCCAACAAAUGAUUGCUCAACAGAGGGCGAGCCUCGCGGCCCGUGCUGGUCAAAUGCCUAAUCAACAGCAAAUGAUGAAUGCUCCUGGACGAGCUCCAAAUGCCAUCCCCCACAAUCCAAACGCUCCUCCUGUUUCGACCAGUACUGCAAAUGGUCUACCAAAUGGAAUAUCCAACCCAUUGGCUAACGGAAUGCCAAACGGACUCCCACAAAAUGUUGGAGUCAAUCAGGGUAGGCCUCACGUUCAGGGGAUGCAUGGAAGUGGUGGACCUGUAAACAAUCAUAUAUCUCCAAAUCCCAUGGCUAUGAAAAUGAUGCCGCAGGCUAGCAUGCAGCAGAACAAUGCCCCCCGUCCCAACAUGGCAAUGCAAGCGUCGCCGGAUAACGCUCGGGUGAUCCGAGAGGCUAAUCGCCUCCAAGAGCAACAGCGGAUCCUACAAUCUAGACAGCAGCCUUCCCAGCAUCCGCUUCAGCAGCAACAACCGCCGCAGGCACAGAACCAGCAGCAGCAACUCCCUCAACAGCCUCAGCAAGCUCAGCAACAAUUUCAUGCCCAGCCUCAGUUUGUACCUCAGGGAUCCAACUCUCCCAAUCUGAACAUGCCUACUGUGAACGGUACCCCAAACAAUCCGGCCAUGAUUGCAGCACUCCAAGCGGGAGGCGGAAUGCAGAGUCCGCCCUUCCACAACUCUGCACCUCAAGGCGUCUCUACACCUUCUCCACGUAUGGGUCAACCGAACACCCUAUCUAGUGGAGCUGUUCCAACAACGAUUAGCACGAUCCAGAGCCAGAUCCAAAGGAGCAAUCCCAACAUGCCGCUCGAACAAGUCAAACAACUAACCACGGAACGACUCCAUCAGUACCAGCAGCAACAGCAGCAACGGAUGUCUCAGGUUGCUAUGAAUGCAGCGGCGGGUAAUUUGGGCGUGCAGCCCAAUUAUCAGGUCUCACAUGAUGGGAAUUUUCAACCUCAAAGUGGCAUGAGUGGUGGUCCGAACAUGCAAGUUCCCCAGGCGCAGGGCUUUUCUCCAAUGAUGCGUGUACCCCAACCUUCCCAGCAAAACCGGAUCGGUGCUGGAGGCUCCCCUGCUAUGGGCGUAGCUGUACCGCAACAAAGCCGGAGCGCGACCCCGCAAACACAACGCAGUGGCAGCAUUCAGACUGGUACAAUCGCAGGAGCGAGUAAGAGCCCUAACACUCAUUCUCAAACUCAAUCUAUGGGUGCCUGA